UACUCUGCGCAAGUGUAACGACAGCCUGUGCAAGAGCACGGAGAUGCGGUGAUCCAGCCUGGCUGCCAGUGCCGGGAGGCCUGAGGACGGCCUUUGAGGACCACCGACCCUUGGCCACAGCGGGACGGAUGGGCAGGGUUCCAAUCCGUGGGAGGCCCAGCGAAAGGACCUCGGCAGCCGGCCGCCUAGGCGCUCUGUGGUUCCGGGGCCCACACGGCAGGGAGCAGAGGGCAGGGACUGCCAGCGCAGCGCGCACGCUGGGCUGACACUGGCUCCGGGGCGGAGGCUGACAGUUCUCGGGGAGGGCAGAGGCCCCAGGACCGCCCCCCUCAGAGCUCCCUUCCGCGCCAGGUGCGGGACUGGGUCUGGCCACCAGGGGGUCGCGUGAACCGUUUUCCAGAGCGCCCCCGCCAUGGCACGGGCUCGCCUGUUCCUGCUCUUCUCUGGGCAGGCGGAGCCCGCGGACUUCGCGCGGAGCGUGUGUGACCUCCUGGGCCUGGGGCCGGGCCCGGGGCCCUGGCGGGUCCACUGUGGUCUGGAGCCGGGGAGGCUACUGCUCUCAGAGCGCCCCUUCCCAGGCGCCACGACACAGCUCCCUUUGCAGCGUCCCCCAUUCUGCCCCUUCGCGGCCCUGGAACAUCAGCCCCCUGGAGCUUCGGGGCUGACGCUGCCACGGGACCGCGAAGUGGACAUUGGAGUGAGUGUCGUCCUACAGUCCAGUGACCAGAGCGUGCUCUUGACCCGGAGGGCCUCAAGGCUGCACACGUCCCCCAAUCUCUGGGUCCCUCCAGGUGGACACGUGGAACUGGAUGAGGAGCUUUUUGACGGGGGACUCCGGGAGCUGAGGGAGGAGACCGCUCUGCAGCUGCCGGAAGGCCAGCACUCCCGCUUCCUGCUAGGACUGUGGGAGUCUGCCUAUCCCUCCCGGCUGAGCCAGGGCCUCCCCAGAUACCAUCACAUCGUUCUCUACGUUUUGGUGGCAUCCCAGGAAACGGAGGAGCAGCUCCAGAAACGGAUCCGUCCGAACCAGGAGGAGGUCAGUGCCUAUGCCUGGCUGAAGCCCAACGUGGCCGCUGCUGUGGCAGCCUCGGAGGAGGCCCCAGAGACAGCGGACCCUGGUUCCGAGUCUCUGCCCCCCUUUAUUCAGGCUGUGGAGCUUCAGGGGGACGCAGCCCGAACCGUGGACCUGCCUACAUCCACCCUGCUCCGGAAGACUCUGGCUACUAAGCAGCACGAGGAGAGGGUCAGUACCGGAACCAAAUUCGCCCUGGGCCUAUGGCUGCAGCAUCUGAAGAGGCCCUUGGAGCAUCCCCCCCACAUAGCGCCAAAGGCAGAAUCAGAAUGAAACCCUGGAUUCGAACUCUCCUCAGAACCACCAGAGGAGGUGAAGGAGGAAGUGAAGGCUUCACUUUUCAAAUACAGAAGUCAAGAGAGCCAAGUCGAGGAGCCACUCUGCAUUUCCCUAUGGACAUACAUAGGAUUCACAACCUUUAUUGUCGGUGAGAACAUUGCUACAACUUUGGAAAUAGGAAAUUAAAUUAAAACAAAGGUCAUAAAAGAGGGAAAGGGGAAUUGGGGGGGGGGGAGGACUAAAUGUCCACCCCCAAAGGUGCAGAAUGAGUUCUGUGGCCAUAGCUGAAGACUAUGGGUCCCACUGGAACCUCGGACCCCAGGAUAGGGAAGCCUUGGGGAAGUGUUGUCAACUUAAAUAUAUACUUAUAUAUAUAAAUAGAGAACCAGGCAACAGGACAAAACCCUACCUCCCCUCCCAUCCCAAACCUUAGAGAAGCAGAGGAGGGAGAUCGCCUCAUCUCAUCCUCAGUCAGACUGGGAAAGGAGUAGGGGUCAUCUUUGGAGUUUUUUGGUUUUUCUCAUUUAUGUACAAAAAGCUGCAACUGAAAAUAGAGACUUCAGGCCGUGUCUUUAUCUCUC